GCGGGGUACAAAUAGUUCUGUCUGAAACCUAGUAUAUGUACUAGGAAUCGAACUAAACUCUGGUUUUAAUUUUAAAACCUGGUCGCGUAAAAUUGUACAUCCCUACUAAGGUUUCUGAACUGAAUUUUGUGAAAUGGCGAAAUUGUGAUUCUUGUCGAUCAAUUUAACUAUUUUUUUACGUUCAAUAUUACAUGAUAUUCAACCUUUUUAAUGUAAUGUAUGCUUGUUUUUAAUUGCCGAAAGGUUUAUUAUAAGAUAUAGUCCUUCGUGAAACAUGUUCGUAUUGUAUUGACUUCAAUCCAUCUUCAAUCUAAAAUAAGUUUUAUGAAACCAAGUGUGGCAUUCUUGCUUUCUUCUGUUAAAUUACUUUUAUAAAAGGUUGCAGCUAUGAACAACUCCAGUGGCACCUCAAUUGGUAACAUAGUCAGUGCACCAAGUGGAACAUAUGAUACUAAAAUUGCUGGAAUGUAUGAUUUGCUUGAUACCCUUGGUUCUGGACACUUUGCUGUGGUCAAACUAGCAAGACAUGUGUUUACGGGUGAAAAAGUCGCUGUAAAAGUAAUUGAUAAAAGUAAACUAGAUGAGGUGUCUCAGUCUCACUUAUUUCAAGAGGUAUUAUGUAUGAAGCUUGUGCAGCAUCCCAAUGUUGUACGACUGUAUCAAGUUAUAGACACAAAAACUAAGUUAUACUUAAUAUUAGAAUUAGGAGAUGGCGGCGACCUAUAUGAUUAUAUUAUGAGACAUGAAUCUGGUCUGUCAGAAUCUCAAGCACGUGAUUAUUUUCGUCAAAUAGUUCGGGCUAUUUCGUAUUGCCACAGGUUACAUGUAGUGCAUCGGGAUUUAAAGCCUGAAAAUGUAGUUUUCUUUGAAAAAUUAGGCAAAGUGAAAUUAACUGAUUUUGGUUUUAGCAAUAAAUUUUGUCCAGGUCAGAAGUUAGAAACUUCUUGUGGCUCCUUAGCCUAUUCAGCUCCGGAGAUUCUUUUAGGGGAUUCAUAUGAUGCACCAGCAGUGGAUGUGUGGUCCCUGGGUGUUAUUCUGUACAUGCUGGUGUGUGGACAGCCACCAUUUCAAGAGGCUAAUGACAGUGAGACCUUGACAAUGAUUAUGGAUUGCAAAUAUACAGUUCCACCAUAUAUAUCAAAUUCAUGUAAAAGGCUCAUAGGCAGGAUGCUUGUAAGAGAACCAGAAAAGCGGGCAACACUAUCUGAAAUAGCCACUGAUCCUUGGGUGACUGCUGGAGAAGGGGUCACUAUUGAGGAUUUUGACACCCCACUUGUAGCUAAAGAACAACUCUCAGAGAAAGAUAGGUCAACAAUCAUAAAGGAAAUGGUAUGCGGCACAAUAGGAACCGAAGAAGAGAUAUUAGAGGCCCUCGAAAAAAAUGAAUACAAUCAUAUUACUGCUACAUAUUUCCUGAUGGCCGAGAGACAAUUAAGAAUAAAAAGACAGGAGCAGAGCCGCGCCGCGCGCCGGCCCGAGGCGCUGGGCGUGGCGCGGGCGGGCGCGCGCUUGCUGGCGCCGCCCGCGCUGGCCGCCGCGCCGCGCACCCCGCAGGACGUGCCGCCCCGGUCGAGGAAAUGCAGCAUAGUCCGCGAGGAAGAGGACGACGAGGAGAGCGGCGCGGGGCUGGUGGCGCGCGGCUCGCGCUCCGAGGGCCGCCUGCACGCGCGCGCGCACGCGCUGGCGCCGCCCGCGCCCGCCGCCGCGCCGCCGCCGCGCACCACGCAGCUCGCUGAUCAUUUUGUGAAGGUGAACCUCGAUGAUGAAUCAUCCCAAUCAUCCAAGAGUGAUGAAACGACCGUUAUCUACUGCGGAGGAGAGGGCGGGGCGGGCUGCAGCGCGCCUAUGCCUCGCGUGCCGCCUCCCGCGCCGCCCCCCGCGCGCCGUCAGCGGAUGGAAUGCAGGCGGCGGCGGCCGCGCGCCGGAUCCUGCUCCUCGUCGGACCUGUCCGACGACGAUUCGGAGAAGAAGAAACGGGCUGCCGAGCGAGCGGACCUGCCGGCCGACCGGCCCCGCCGCGACUCGCACGACGACUCCAGCGACAGCCAGGAGAGGGGCGCUGGGGCGGGCGGGCGCGGGGGCGCGCGCGCGGCCCCGGGUGGCGUGGCGGGCGCGCCGGGCACGGACGCGGGCGCGGGCGGGGCGGCGGGGGGCGCGGGCGGCGCGGCGGGGGACGCGCGCGGCGGCGGCGGGCGGCGGCGGCGCGCGGCGCGCAAGGAGUCGCGGCUGCGGGAGUCGCGCUCGCUGAACCGCAUCGCGGAGGUGGAGGAGGCGGCGGCGGCGCGCUGGGCGGGCGGCGGGCUGGUGGCGCUGUGCGGGCGGCCGUUGCUGCGGCUGUGGGCGGCGGCGAGGCCCGCGCCGCCCGCGCGCCGGCUGCACGGCCUGUGCUAGCGCCGCGCCGACGCGGACCCGGCGGGCGGCGGAAGCUCCGCGGACACUAGCGGCAGGAAGUGUCGCAUGAAGAUCCGCAAACGAUGAGCCUCUGGACGCUAUGUUACCGGGGAUCGUUGUAUAGACUUGAACGAUGGGGACGUGAUCGCCACGCGUGAAGCGGUAUCGUAGUAGGAGUACUAUAACUUUAACCCGCUCGGGAAGCCUAGCGCUCGAUACAUACAUCUUGCAAAGUAAAUUAUUUUAAACUGGUAUUAUGUAAGCUUCUCGUGCGAUGAUCAGCGAUUGUCUAGUUGCCUCGAACCCUAAUUCAUUUAUACAUACAUAUUUAAAAUCUGGUGAACUAAAUAUGUGUGAUUUCACGAUUUGACUGAAUCUGACCCCAAAUAAAUCCUAACUUUAUCUAACUUAAACUAAUAUAUAAAAAUUUUUAUCUCUGUACUAAUUUGUAGAGUGAUUUUUUUGUAAUGUUGAGAUUAAUCGAGUAUUUCCAGAUUUUGAGGUGAAAAUACUAUUCAUAAAGUGAAAAUGAAUGCGAACUUUCACAUUAAUUAUGAAUUCGAUAGUGCAACAGGACUUCCAAAAUAAUGUCACGAGUCACGAGGUAAACAGGGUUUCACAAUUCAGUUAUCUAAGAAAUAAUAUCUAUCUAAAUAACAUUAAAAUAUUAUGCAGGUUUACAUAUAUAUUGUAAUGCUCUUAUAUAAUAAGGGGCACCCCACUGACUGAUUUCUGAUCGCAUUUGUGCAUCACAGUCUCCAAUACACGUCGAUCAUGAUGACAAGCCCUUAAUCGUCUAAUUCGACUAUUACCAUGACAUUAACUUUAGGUGGACAUUUAAAUAUGGAAUGGUAGUAAAUUGGAAAUGUGAGAUGGUACAUGACCAGUAGGUAUUAUUGUUGAAUCAACGGUCAGCAGUUCUUGACAUCUCACAGUAUAUACAACUUGACCAAUGUGAACCAAUGUCACCAAGAGUAAACAACCUUAUGAAUUACCACAAAGUAUUUCUUUGUACAAGACAUUUUUACUACGUAAUUUAAGAAACAUUGAAAACUACUAACUUUUCGCAUUAAAUUAGUGAUUUUUUUCGAGAAAUAUACUAAAUACAAGAAAAAGGCAAUUGAUUGAUUUGUGUAGUCAAUAUUUAAUAUUUUGAAUUUAUGAAAUGAUGUGCAUUUCGUUCGCAUAGGUAUAAUUUAUUAUACAAAUAUUUACUGUUUUUUUUUCAUUAAAAUUAUGCAUGUAUUUACAUUUAAAUAUUUUGAUUGUGCUUCUUGAAACGGGAAUGUUAAUGAUUUAAUGUUAAAAAAUAAAAUAUAUGUACAUAAUUUAAAUUGUUGUAAAUAAAUAGUUUAUCUGAAUAAUAAGCUGCACGUUGACAUUUGAUUUAGUUAUAUAAUUUCCACGUAAUGUGGAUGUUAGAGGUGUAUGAUAUGAAGAUUUCUGUUAUUCGUUCACGAAUAUUAUAUUUGUUACUAUGUCAACAGUUUUGUAAUGAUUGCACUAGUUAAGUGCUCGUUAUUAUCCGAAGAACAUUAUAAGACCAAAGAUUAUAAAUUGUGUUAUGCAUCCUAAAUACAUCUCGUGCUGUUCGGUGCCAACAUAAUGUAAGCUUUAAGUUCAAUUGUGUAAUCUAAUAUACGUACGAAUACUUUGAGUAGACUGUGGCGGUGCUUGUUGCAAAACUUCAAUUCUAUCAUGUGCUAAUGUGGCUCGUUUGUUUUAGUUUGUUCAACUGCACUUAUACGAGAUACUAGCGACGUAACGGAAUGCUUUUAGGUCGUCAUGGUAUACCACCAUAAUAUCAAACUUAUAUGUAUAAGUGUAGGUUAAAAUGUCUGGCUGGUGUUAUCUGUUGUAUUAAACUUAUUGUUAGGUGUUAAUUAUUUUGAUUGAGAGAGAGAAUAGAAUUUAACUAGAUUAGCGAUUGCAGCAUUGUGUUGUCGAAAGAGGACUGUCAUUUCGGUAAAACCUCAAAUCUUAUUCUAUUUCUGUUAUGUUUAAUACUCAAAUGAAACUAAAUAGCUUCUUAGAGUAUCGUUAUUUAGGAUCAAAUAAAAUCUAAUAGGUAUUUGUUCCUAAAAAAGUACAUUUCCAAGUUUUAAAUGCUCUGGUCAGUCCUUAUAUAGGGGAGCGCUUUAAAUGUUAGGUAAUGGUAAUUGCAAGUAUUUGGACAUUUGGUGCGACUGUUACACAUUGAUAAAUCAGCACUAUAAUAUUUGGUUACUUUCGUCAUGUGAUUAAUUCCUUAUUUCUAAUUAAAAAAAAACAUUUUUAGUAAAUUUUUUUCAUGGCCAUUUGUAUGUAUGAAACUGAAUAAGAAAGGACUGAAAAAAAGGAAGAAAUGACAGAAUGUUAUAUUUUUUGCAUAAAGGAGAAAGGAGCAAAUGAAAGUGUUUGUACAUGUUGGAUUAAUAUUUAUAGCAGAAGGAAAGUACGAUAGGGAUAUUAAAAUGAUAGUAAAUGCGGGGAAAACGGUGAUUCAUGUCUUUUUGCGCAGUCGGAACUUGUUCCAAAAGGUUUCUCAUGCGGUGUAUAGGCCUUAAUGUUGGGUGUGGCAGAAGAGGCAUGGAAGCAGAAUCAAUGCCGUGGAAAUAGUGAUCAGUGUAAUCUUGAGUGACAUUAAAAGGGAUAUAAAAUAGGGAAUGCUUAGACUGUUUGGUAGUGGGGAGUGACUAAGCAAAUGUGUCAAGAGAGUGUAUAUGGGAACGUUGGGAGGGAAGGGCUAGGCGAAAGAAAGGUCUUUGUUCAAAUCUUAGCAAAUGGUCAUAUCGAGAGAACCCUAAAUCGACAACCUUGCAUGAAAAGAAUGAAUUAAGCAAAGAACUGCAGGGAUUGUGGUAUGCGGGAAGAUGUAGUCUUUGCCUACGUUUUCGGGAAAGAUGCGGGAUUUUGUAUAAAUAUAUUUAAAUAUAAUAUUCGAGUGAUAGAGUUGUAUCUCUGGCAAAUGUAACAGUUUUAUAUUAUAUUAAUAGUCAAUAAAUAUUGGUUGAACUACAUUUAUUAAUGAUAUCAAUACCUACUUAAUUAUUUCAGCUGACUGCAGGCUGUGCAGCUAAAUGCAGCAAGUCAUAUUCGUCCUAACAGAGCCGUAGAAAAACUAUUUGUAUCCGCAUCAUAUUCCAGCAGAUAGCUGUGAUAGUUGAAUACUCAUUCUUUGUAUAUAUUUGAUAUAUAAACACUUACAUAAAUACAUUAAAUAAAUGUUUGAUUAUUGUUUUUUAAGUCUGUCUGUGCCACAGAGGGGUAAUCUGUGGUCAGUACAAUAUGAAGGAUAUACAAUGAGAGCUUUGCAAUUUGUACAUUUAUACAACAUUGAUGAUUGAAGUACAUCUAUCUGUAGUUGAAAGCAUUAAUAGCAUAUUACUUAUAUUCUAAUUACUGUGUACCUGGUUGCCAUCUGUAUAAUGGUAUUAAAUAUUUAUAAGCUUUUGAAAAACGGUCCAGAACUAGUAAGUACCUAGUUGUCUAUACCUCGAGUCUGCAAAUAGAUGACAGCCAUAGAAUUCUUAAUUCUAUUCGACACAUCAUUCCCUAUGGUUUGAAAAUAAUAAGUCAUUUCUAUUGUCUUAUUACAAACCGAUUUCUACAAUUACUGCCCACAUGUUUACAAGUUUCUAAUAUCUUGUCAAACAAAAAAAUUAUGAUUUAAAGUAUCUAUAAUGAAUCUUUUUAUAGUCCAAAAUGUAAUAUCAUUAUACAUAUUUUUUUAGUUUGAUGUUCUCUUAAAAUGU